GACAGGGAGGCGGAGCCGUGUCUGGCACACUAACUUUGCUUUCAUACACUGCAGGAGCUGAAAUAUCUGGAAUGCUCGGGCGUAGACAUCCAUAUCUCACAUGAACUUUGGAGCUGACCUCCACCCGUUUAGUAAGUCUCUGAACAUCACUCAGCGCUCAGUCAGACUCGGCCAUCGGUUCGGUUUGCACAACAUCUGACGCUGUAACAGGCCUGCACUCGAAGCACAGGGCGCACAGCAGGAAUGGCACAGCCCAGCAGGAUCCUGAUAAAAGGAGGCAAAGUUGUGAACGAAGACUGCUCCGUGAUCAGCGACGUCUACAUUGAGAAUGGCAAAAUAGUAGAGGUCGGACUGAAUCUCCAGAUCCCGUCGGGAGUGCGAGUCAUCGAUGCCACCGAUAAGCUGGUGAUCCCGGGCGGCAUCGACACGCACACGCACAUGGAGCUGGCGUUCAUGGGCACCAAGGCUGUGGACGACUUCCACAUCGGCACCAAGGCCGCUCUGGCAGGAGGGACUACGAUGAUCUUGGACUUUGUCAUCCCCCAAAAGGGAAAAUCUCUCCUGGAGGCCUACGACUGUUGGCGUAAGACAGCUGACCCCAAGGUUUGCUGCGACUAUUCGCUGCAUGUCGCUGUCACGUGGUGGAGUGACAAGGUCAAGGAAGAGAUGCUGACACUGACCAAAGAGAAAGGAGUGAAUUCCUUUAAGAUGUUUAUGGCGUAUAAAGACGUGUUCAUGCUGCAGGACUCUGAGCUAUAUGCUGCCUUCUCCCAGUGUAAGGAGGUCGGAGCUAUAGCCCAGGUGCAUGCUGAGAAUGGAGACCUUAUUGCAGAGGGGGCUAAGAAGAUGCUGUCUAUGGGCAUCACGGGGCCCGAGGGUCAUGAGCUGUGCCGGCCAGAGGAGGUGGAGGCAGAGGCCACCCAGCGGGCCAUCACCAUCGCCCACUCUGUCAACUGCCCGCUGUAUGUGGUCCAUGUCAUGAGCAAAUCUGCUGCCAAGGUGGUGUCUAAUGCACGCAGAGAUGGGCGUGUGGUGUUCGGGGAGCCCAUUGCAGCUGGACUGGGCACUGACGGUACUCACUACUGGAACAAAGAGUGGGCCCAUGCUGCUAGCUUUGUCAUGGGUCCUCCCCUCAGACCUGACCCCAGCACCCCUGGGUACCUCAUGGACCUACUGGCUAAUGAUGACCUCAGUGUGACGGGGACGGACAACUGCACCUUUUCUGUGUGCCAGAAGGCUCUCGGCAAAGACGAUUUCACCAAGAUCCCCAACGGAGUGAACGGAGUCGAGGACAGGAUGUCUGUUAUCUGGGAGAAAGGAGUGCAAAGUGGCAAAAUGGACGAGAAUCGAUUUGUAGCUGUCACGAGCAGCAACGCAGCAAAAAUCUUCAACUUCUACCCGCAGAAAGGCCGUAUCGCCAAGAAUUCGGAUGCUGAUGUGGUUAUAUGGGACCCCAAGAUGACAAGGAAGAUCUCAGCCAAGACCCAUCACCAGGCUGUGGACUACAACAUCUUCGAGGGCAUGGAGUGCCACGGCGUCCCUGUCAUUACCAUCUCCAGAGGCAAAGUGGUCUAUGAGGAAGGGCAGCUGAAGGUGUCCCCAGGGCACGGCAAAUUCAUCCACAGAGAACCCUUCUCUCAGUUUGUUUACAAGCGAAUCAGGCAAAGGGAGGAGGUGGGGAAGCCUACAGCUGUGAUCAGAAAGCCCUAUGAAGGCAAAGUUGUUUCUGUGUGAGCAACUGACCGAGAAUAUGAAAGGUGCUUUAAAUCUCCAGCUGUGUGUCUGCAGCUACCAAAGCCAAAACAACUGAAUGCUGUCCUACUCAUAAACUUUUUUACUUUAUUAACAUGUGACUGUUUUUGCACAUUUCUGCUAGUCAUGUUCAGUCAUUGUUGAAGUGUUGGUCUUCCCGUCAACUCCGACACUCAGGGCAAUGCUCUGUUGGCUGAUAAUACCUUUGUUAUAUUUGUUUAACUCUGUUUCCAGUUCAGCUGUGCUCAGUACAAAGGUCAGUAGAGCCCACUUUGCUGCUGAAAAUUACAUUUGCUCAAACAGACAUGAUGCAAGUAAGCAAUUAAUUCACUGUAAGGCUUGAAAAUGGGCCUUAUGCUUCAUGUCAUUGGUUCUUUGCGGAUAUUAUUGUUAACUGUGUCAUAAAAUCAUUACCUGCUUUAGUUGU